AUGGUGACCACAAUAUCAACCCGAGCCAUACUAUCCGCAAUUGCCCUCCUCUUGGUCGCCAUCCAAGCCGUCCACGCAGACUACUACCGUCCACGGCUACCUACACUCCCGAGCCCGAGCCCUCCUCCCUAUGUCGCCAAACCGAAGCCGCUCCCAACUCCCAGCCCCAAACCCAUCCUCUAUCAUCCUCCUCCCACGUCCUACCAUCCACCCGCAGGCUCUCUUGAACAACAGUUCCUUGAUCCGCAUAAUUCUGUUCGGACCAGCUUAGGUCUGACUCCAUUGGAAUGGGACGGAAGGAUCGCGAGCUACGCAACAUGGUGGGCUAAUCAGAGGCGGUUUGAUUGCUCCCUAACCCACUCGACCGGUCCAUACGGUGAGAACUUGUUUUGGGGAAGUGGCUCAGACUGGACACCGACUUUCGCAGUGGAGUCAUGGACCGUGGAGGCUAAGUCCUACAACCACAUGACCAACUCGUGUGAAGGCGGUAUGUGCGGUCACUACACUCAGAUCGUGUGGCGUGACACCAAGCGUGUAGGUUGCGCUAGAGUUGUCUGUGAGAAUGGCGCAGGAGUUUUCAUCACUUGCAACUACGACCCACCGGGUAACUACGUCGGCGAGAAUCCUUACUAA